UGCGUGCGUGUGUGUGUGUAUGUUAGAGAGGUAGAAGUGAAUUUGCAUGUGCAGAGUUAUUAGUAGGUUUGAAAAGCUAGCACUGGCUCUGCCCCGUUUCCCGCUCUGCACCGCGGAGUGGGAGGAAGUGUUUCGCUGGAAGAUGAUGACAGAGGUCAGGCACUGCUAAUCGGCACUGAAGAGGAGUGGAGGCGAGGCACAGACCAGGAACACAUACAUUAAUACACUUGUACCAUCACCAAUCAGCAUAGGGAUUUCCCUCUCUAUUCAAGAUCACUUGGAACAUAUAUACAAGACAAACUCUUCGCAGGGGCUAUACAGCACUGUGGCUCCGUCUCAUUUGUGCUCAGACUUAUCAACUAAGGCUUUGGCUGCAGUGUACACAGGAUGCCUCAAAAAGAAUACUAUAACCGGGCCACGUGGGAAUCUGGCGUCGCGUCCAUGAUGCAAAACAAGGUGUAUGACUAUAACGAAGGUCACAGCGGAGUGAAUCAGCUUGGCGGAGUGUUCGUCAACGGCAGACCCCUGCCCGACACCACCAGACAGAAAAUAGUCGAGCUUGCUCACAGUGGCGCGCGGCCGUGCGAUAUAUCCAGGAUUCUGCAGACCCAUGGUGAUGCAAAAGUUCAAGUGCUGGACAAUGAAAACGUGUCAAACGGCUGUGUGAGUAAGAUUCUGGGCAGAUACUAUGAAACCGGCUCCAUCAGACCAAGGGCGAUCGGGGGUAGCAAACCAAGAGUAGCAACUCCCGAGGUGGUCGGAAAAAUUGCAGUAUACAAGAGGGAGUGCCCGUCAAUCUUCGCGUGGGAAAUUCGUGACAGACUGCUAUCCGAGGGGGUCUGCACAAACGAUAAUAUACCCAGUGUAAGUUCAUUGAGUGUGUCGUCGAUAAACAGAGUACUGCGCAACCUGGCUAGCGAGAAGCAACAGAUGGGCGCAGAUGGCAUGUAUGAGAAGUUGAGAAUGCUGAACGGUCAGACUGGGACGUGGGGGACCCGCCCGGGCUGGUACCCCGGAACCUCAGUGCCAGGACAGCCCAACCCAGAUGGUUGUCCACAGUCAGACGGUGGAGGUGAGAACACUAAUUCAAUAAGUUCGAAUGGAGAAGACUCGGAUGAGACCCAAAUGAGACUUCAGCUCAAAAGAAAAUUGCAAAGGAACCGCACUUCGUUCACUCAAGAACAGAUAGAAGCGCUUGAGAAAGAGUUUGAAAGAACUCACUAUCCAGAUGUUUUCGCAAGAGAAAGACUUGCUGCAAAAAUUGACCUCCCAGAGGCCAGAAUACAGGUGUGGUUUUCAAAUAGAAGGGCAAAGUGGAGGAGGGAGGAGAAACUACGGAAUCAAAGACGACAAGCCAGUAACUCUUCCAGUCACAUCCCUAUCAGCAGCAGUUUCAGCACCAGUGUCUACCAGCCCAUCCCACAGACCACAGCACCAGGUUGGAUGUCGUUCUCAUCAGGAUCCAUGUUGGGAAGACCAGACACAGCCCUUACAAACACAUAUAGUGCCCUGCCACCUAUGCCAAGCUUCACCAUGGCCAACAACCUGCCUAUGCAAGCCCCUGUGUCCAGCCAGACCUCCUACUCCUGCAUGCUGCCCACCAGUCCCUCAGUCAAUGGACGGAGCUACGACACGUACACCCCUCCUCAUAUGCAGGCACAUAUGAACAGCCAAUCAAUGGCUGGUUCAGGAGGCAACUCAACAGGUCUCAUCUCUCCUGGAGUAUCUGUUCCUGUUCAAGUCCCAGGCAGUGAAGCAGACAUGUCCCAGUACUGGCCCAGGCUACAGUAGAGACUUUCAACGUGUGACUCCUUGGAUAUUGUCUGUCCGGCAGUAUUUUAUUACAGACCUGAGAAAAUACUCUAAAAGAGACUAUUUUGUACUGGGAUUGGGCCAUUCUCUAUCAUUCUUUGGCCACAAAGACUUGAAGAAGAAAAAAAGAGAAAGGACUUCUGUAAAGUGCCCGGUGUAACAUCGUAAAUGGGGGGAAAAAACUAGCUGUUUUCAGUUUCCAACUUAUGUCAUUUUUGGUGUAUUUGUAUAUGGCCAGUUGUAUGUCAUGAUGAAAAAAUAACAACGUGGAUGGACAGUGAAACUGAGUUGGUCCUUGCUUCUGCUGAAAAGAAGAUCAUUUGUGAAAAAUUUUCUUCCAUGAAUAAUUUUUAUUAAUGUAUAUCAAGAAGCUCUCCCAGUCUGUGUACAGAAUGUGGACUCUGGUGAAACAAGUUUGUAUCAUUCCAGGUACCAGUUGGGUAUGAGACACCUGUUUCUCUAUUCUUUUCUUUUCAAAAGCUUGCUGGCAGAAACAUUGUAAAUGGAAAGCAUUAACCGCUAUAAUGGAGUUUUGGUAGCUAAAAAACGGUAGAUUGUGUCUUCGAUAUAAUUCAGUUUGUUAUGUCGAAAUGUAAGUAUUUGUCUUCCCUAGCAGUCUCCCAGAACAAUUUCUAUAAUAAAGUUAAUUUCAUUUAUAUUUCUCAGAAUAUUCUAUAUGUUUUACACAUUUUAAUUUCAUUUUAUUAAAUCGGGUACAAGUUAUAUGUUAUAGUUGUACUUAAGUGUUUUACUUGACUUUGUGCUACUAGAAUACUCUCACUGCAACAAUGCAUAGAAAUGCAAGGCCUGCCAGAGUCUAAAGCCUUUUGAGGUUUGCAUCUAUACAUAUCCAAAUGAACCAUUGUUGAUUGUACAAACUGACCAAAGCCUUUGUAAAUAAUUUAUUACACAACCUCAAUUUCCUUUUGUAGUCUUCUGUUGCCAAUUUUGUAAAGAUUUUGGUAACUUCUAGAUAGGUACAGAGUUUUAAAUGUUAGUCUAUCAGUUGGUCUUUCACUUAUGAGCAACAAUCUUUCCUUACAGUUGAUGACCUGAGCUCAUUUCUCUCUCUCAGUUCCAUGCUAGCCUAGACUAUUGUAUGGAUGGGGAGUCAAAUUCAAUUGUAUUUAAAAUAUUUCCGUAUACAUUUAUUUAAGCAUUCUUGUAUUUUGUCAAAAUAUAAAAGUAAUUUUGUACAGUAUGAUAGUGUCUAAGUGGGAGCUUUAUGUUGCUAACUAAUUCUAUCAAAACAACAUGCUAUUGAUGAUGGUAAUGAGUGUAUGUUGCUGCAACAUUCAGGACCUAUAACAUUGGUAAACAAAACGUUGUCAUAAGAUCAUCAUACAGCCAUAAUUAUUUCAUGCAAGUAGACAUCAUUCAUCUCAUAUGAGGGCAAAAUACGUUUAUCUUACAUGAAGACUAUAGGAAGACUGUAGUAUUAUUACCUAUAUACAACAAGAACCUUCUGAAAAUGUAGCUGUUAUAGUUUGGAAAAUAUUUUAUAUUACCCAAAGGUCAACAGUACUUGGAUAACUAGUGGGCCCUAUGAAUGCUAAAUUGUGAACAAUCACACUCCAAUGCUAAACCACCAAGAGUAGGAUAUACAGCACAAACAGGUCUGGGUUCAGGCUAGCGAUUGUCCUGCUCUUCCUACACGUUUGUGGUUAUUUCAGUCCAAACAAGCCACAUGUAGUAACGAAACCUGAGUAAGAUAUCCACGUUGGCAAAUGUUUAGAGAAAGAAACCAUUUAGAGGGAGAGAGCCCAUGUCACAAUGCCUGCUACACUGUGCAUAGAGCUUUACAUUGUCUAUUUUAAAGACAAUUAUGCUCCCAUGCCUUCAUAUGUACAUUACAAUUAUAUGUUUCCAAGCUUGA